UUCCACUCGAGAUCGUUUCAAGCAAAACUACAACGGAUAAAUUCGUGGGAAUGACAAUGUCGUGAAGAAGAGGAAUUCUAAUCAACGGGAAAUAAGGUUGAAUCAUCCCACUACUUCCUCUCCCAAAGAUAACAUGGAGACUGAAGAUGAAGAAAACGACGACAACAAAAUCAGAUAGACAACCACCAACUCCUUUCAAGAUGUCACAUCUGACACUACUCGCCCUGAUGGUCCUCAGCUGUCUUCUUCAACCAUCCCUUGCAGUCUGCCCCAUCCUUUGCGAAUGCAAAUGGAAGAGCGGAAAAGAGUCUGUAGUAUGCGUUAACGCAACCCUAACAGUAAUACCGCUCCAACUGGACCCUAGUACCCAGGUGUUGGACUUGACGGGGAAUAAUAUAGUAUCCAUUAGACACGAGGAAUUCAGCAAAGCUGGCUUGGUCAACUUACAAAAAGUAUACAUCACGAGGUGCAGGCUUAAAACGCUGGAGAGGUAUUCUUUCAAGUAUCUCAUCAACUUAGUUGAGCUGGACCUGAGCUACAAUGCUCUUUCUAAUGUUCCUUCCCAUACUUUUGAAUCUGUCACAGAGCUGAGGGAGCUGAAACUGAACGGCAACCCCAUCCAAAAAGUUUUCAACGAUGCUUUCAUGCACAUUCCGCAACUUAUAAGACUGGAAAUAUCUGACUGCAAAAUAUCCUUGAUAGAACCGAGAGCAUUUUCUGGCCUGGAAAAGUCACUGGAGUGGUUGAGGCUGGACAACAACAAGCUUUUCGAAGUAGCUGCGAGAUCUUUCACGAAGCUUCAGAGUUUGCACGGUUUGGAGCUGGCUGGGAAUCCCUGGAACUGUUCUUGCUCUCUCAGACCUCUGAGGGAGUGGAUGCUACGGCAGAAUGUUCCGUUUGGGGUACCACCGAUGUGUUAUAGUCCCAAGAGGUUACAUAUGAAGUCUUGGGAUAAGCUAGAGCUAGACGAGUAUGCUUGUGUUCCUGAAAUUUUUGCUUACGACAGUAAGGCUCAUGGAAUCGAAGGAAAAAAUGUCACCAUGACAUGCAAGAUAGCUGGAGUACCAGAGCCUAACGUCAGGUGGAUGUUGAAAAAUAAGGUGAUAGCAAAUCUCUCGGGAUCUUCAAUAGCCGGAGCCAAGAAGCUCUACAUAGUUCACCUCACCAACAGCUCCAGCGACCUCACCAUAUUCAGUGCAGACCUCCAGGAUGCCGGAACCUACAUCUGCGCAGCAGAAAACAAAGCGGGGAAAGCAGAAGCCAGCGUCACGCUGGCCGUUUCGAAGAAACCCCUUGAAACCGGCUUCUCCAACAAAGCGCUCAUAGCCAGCGUGAUCACGGGCAUAGCUUUCGUGCUGAUAUCUUGCCUCAUAUCGCUGUGCAUCUGUUCAGUGCGGAAAAAACAAGUGCUCAAGUGGCGGACUCGCGAGUGCAGACGAGAGGACAACUACGAGAAAAUCGAGAUGAACCACAAGGUCGUCGUCAAGGUCAACGGUGGUGUGAGUGCGAGUCAGGAGCUGCCGGUUGUGGUAGAGAGACGGAAUGGAGAGUACAGGGUAGUUCCAGGCGGAGAGCUCGACCAGGAGGGCGAGGAAGAGGAGGAGAGCAACGUGGACGCGUCGUCUUCUGGGCGGAAGGGGUGGAGCGGGGAGGUGAAGGGUGGCGAGAAGGGGUGGAACUCACCCGAGCAUUUGUUGGAUCCCGAGGAUCUGCACAUACCGAGAAGGACCAUACAAGAAACUAGAGACAACAUCAAGAAACCUCCAAGUUCGACGUGUGGUACAUAUAAGCAGUUCUCCCCGUCGUCUUCUUCAGUAUCCAUAUCGCCGUCAACGCCCCUCCAUGGCGCCCCCGUAAGGCGGUACGUACCCCCAACAGCCGCCUCGUUCGCCAACAAGGAACUGUCGAGGGUAACGGAAGACGCGGAAAAACAGUUUCCCGACCUCCUGGAGAGUUCACCGAAGAACAGAUUUUUAGAAAAUAAGUUUUACUGUGUCGGUUUGAAAGCCGCGAGUGAGGGGGGUAGUGUUUCGGACAUCAACGAGAUUUUUUGCACGCUGCCUAGGAAGAAGGAUCUGGCGCACAGCUCAAGGUACAGGAGCUGCGAUAGUCAGUCGCCUUUGUUGCCGGAUAGUCGAUAUGGUAGCAGUGGUGGAGAGAGCUAUCUUGGUAGCCAGGACAACGGUCAUCGGCGCAUGUCAGACUUCCAGAAGUCCCCCUUUCCCACGAAUUUGAACAGAAACAGAGUAAAUAGGAUUUCGAACAGUUAUUUGAACCUGACGAGGGAGGACAGUCUUUCCAGUCCAAGAGAGAUCCCCACCGAGCUGAACGCCACCCCACUCUUAGACGUCACUGGUCUCGAGAGCCGCAUUUUGUUCAACAAAAGAGAGAUGACGUCAUCUCCGGCGACAAGCACCGCUUCGAAUACGACUUCCUACGACUAUCACGCCGCUCAGCUGGAGAGAUUUCUCGAGGAAUACAGAACGCUGCAGAAACAAUUAACAAAAAUGAAGGAGACGUGCGACAAUUUGUGCCAGGAGAAGGAGAAGGAACAGAAGCCAAUCAUCUCCCCAACAACUCCCUCUUCGUCAUCUUUAAACAACUCAGCAAACUUAGCAGUAUCUCCGAAUUCAACACAGUCCUUAGAAGACUCAGUUGACUUUAGAAAUUUUGAAAGUGAACUAACUAAAUAUCUCAUUUCUAAAAAAUUGUCUCCAAAUACAUUCGACUCCACGUAACUAAAAUAGACUUGAUUAUCAGUGGAAUAUAGUAUGUCAGGAUUUGGGAAAUCUUGAGAAUGUCACACUAGAGAAACAUGUCUCGCUUGAAACCACAUGGAAAACUGUUCUGCCGUACAAUUUGAAAAAAAUAUUCUACAUAAAAAAUCUGCAAAGAAUGGAAACUGAAAUGCCAACAUCGAAUAACAUAUUAUCUGUGAAAUGUGAAAUUUUGCUCGAUACUAUGGAAAUUUGUUGUCAGAAUAAGUUCGUUUGAAUUGAAAAUCUCGCUCAAGAAUGCAAUUUCUAUUAUUUCACGCUAACUCACGGAAGGCUAACAGGUCACCAGAAUUUCAAUGAAUUCUCCUCAUUUCUCUAAACUCAUCCUUAUAAUAACAUCGAAAAUUCACCUGUAGUUAUGUUUGUGAGGAAGAAACAAAAAUCAUAUUAUGUUUUCAAUAAUUGAGAGACAAAAUCAUCAUUGAAAUCAACAA